AUGAAUCCAAAUGAGUUAAUGGAGCUGUUCAAAGAUUACAUUAAUAUCUUUAAUACAAUAUACAGAUUACACACAUUCGAUGAAGACAAAAUAAACAAUAUAUACAUUGAGAUCAAAACUAAAUUGAUCGAAACAAAAAUUAUAUCGCCAUCUGAGCUAGUGAAUAUACUUUCAACAGCUUCAGAAUACAAUAACCGCUAUUUUAAGUCAUAUUUUGCAAUAUUUAAAAAAUUAUUUGAAGAAUAUCACCCAAAUGAUGCAAAUAGCCUUCGAAAUAUUUUUAAUUACUUUAUUUAUAAGGAAUAUGGAAUUGUUUUAGGUUAUGCAAAUCAAAAUAAAUUCAAAAAGUAUGAAUCCGAAAAUUAUUCAUUAGAAAUUCAUGAAGAAAACACAAUUUAUAGAGCCAUCAUGGAUGAUGACAUCAAAUCAUUUAUAUCAUUCACUGUACAAGGAGGAUUUGAUGAAAAUGAAGAACUUGAAAGUUAUUUCUAUCCAACAAAAGAAAACACAUUUCUCGAAUUAUGUUGUUAUUAUGGAGCUGUAAAUUGUUUCAAGUUUUUAAGGACGAAAUACAAGUCAGAAAUAAGUUCAUCAUGUAUAGAAUAUUCGUUCUUGGGUGGCAAUCCAGAAAUCAUGAGUGAAUGCUUGAAAGAAACCCGAAAGUUUUAUUAUUUAAUGGAUCAUGCAAUUAUAUCACAUAAUAUUGACUUUGUAUCAUUUUUGCUGAAUGAGCAUAAUAUGAAAAUCAAUAUAAAUUUAUGUUUAAGAUUCAAUAAUCUUCAAGCAUUUUUUGUUUGUUUAGAUCAAGCAGAUCAAAUCAAUGAAUGCUUUGUUAAUUCACCAUUUUUCAAUAUGAUAUCUCUUUGUGAAUAUUUUCUUUCGCAUGGUGUUGAUAUUAAUGCAAAAGAUAGCAAACAUCAAACAGCUCUUCAUUAUGCAGCAGAAAUAAGUAGAAUAGAAAUAGCGGAAUUUCUAAUUUCUCAUGGUGCUGAUAUAAAUGCAAAAUCUGUCAUUAAUUAUACUCCUCUUCAUAAUGCAGUUAGAUCACAGUGCAUAGAAAUAGUCAAACUUCUUAUUUCUAAUGGAGCUGAUAUAAAUAAAAAAGAUAAAUCAGGACUCACACCUCUUCAUCAUGCAGCAAAAGAGGUGAAUGGUAAAGAAAUCAUUGAAUUUCUUAUUUCUCAUGGUGCUGAUAUUUAUGUUACAGAUAACUCUAAUAAAUCCCCACUUGAUUAUGCAAAAGCAUUUAAAUUGAAGGCAAAUGAAGAAUAUCCGAUACAUCUAUAUUCUCACCAAAAUGUAUAA